GAGGAAGAGUGGACAACUAGCAGAAAGUGGCUGUGAUGUGUGGAGGGGAGGACGGCGGGGCACAGCUGCAGUGUUGUGUGACAACCGAGCACCUGAACGCCUCAGGACAAGCCACCCGGAGGCAGGUCAUCCGCAAAGCUUCUGUUCUUCUGGGACGCAAUGAGUUCCAAGAGCUCAUCCUCCGCGUCCACGAUGGGAAGGUCCCGCAAAAUUAUUCUCUGAAGAAAUUCAAACUGUUCACCAGGUUUGCCCGUGAUGGGAAGUGCACUGUCAAGCUGCUCCCUGAAAAUAUCCAGGUACUCCUCUCCAACUGCCCCCCUGACCAGCUCAGCCUCUUCCUGAGGACUCUGAGCAUCAAACACCAGGCGGGCCUGUCGGGCAAAACUCUGAGCACACGAGAGAAACUCAAAGCGGGUCUACCUCGCAGCUUUGAGGCCAUCAGCCCCCUUCAGCAAAAAGACAUCCAGAAGGUUAAUGAGCUUCGAAGUAAUGUGGUACCCAAAGGGCUUUCGGACCACACUAACAGGCCCGCAGGUGCAGGACAGCAGGUCAAAAGGUCAAGAAGUGACUGUAUCUUCAGCCCUGUGAAAGCCAACCCGAGCAAGAAACCAGCCCUGUCUCUGCCAACUCGUAAGCUGAGCAAAGGACAGGCUGCCGUCCUUAACGCUGUGCUGAGUGGAAAGAACGUCUUCUUCACAGGCAGUGCAGGGACAGGGAAGUCCUUCUUACUGAAGCGAAUACUAGGGUCACUUCCUCCAAAGAGCACCUUCGCUACCGCCAGCACUGGAGUGGCUGCAUGUCAUAUUGGAGGAACAACGCUGCAUAACUUCGCAGGAAUUGGCUCAGGCUCGGCCCCACUGGAGCAGUGUAUUGAGCUGGCCCAGAGGCCCGGGGUGCUGCAGCACUGGACCGGCUGUCGACACCUCGUCAUCGACGAGAUCUCCAUGGUGGACGCCGCUUUCUUCGACAAGCUCGAGUCUGUGGCCAGGUCGGUGAGGAGGUCCACUGAGCCUUUCGGGGGUAUCCAGCUGAUUAUUUGCGGCGAUUUCCUUCAGCUACCGCCUGUUUCAAAGGGAAAGGAAAAGGCCAGGUUUUGUUUCCAGGCUAGAUGUUGGCGUAAAGUCAUUCAGGUCAACUUGGAGCUAACAGAGGUGCGACGGCAAACCGAUCAGACCUUCAUCUCCCUCCUCCAGGCUGUGAGGGUGGGAAGGGCGACAGAAGAGGUUACAAAUCAAUUGAUUGCAAGCGCCUACCGUCAGAUCGACAGGGACGGUAUCGUAGCAACCAGACUGUGCACACACAAGGAUGAUGUGGAGCUCACCAACGAUAACAAGCUACAGCAACUGCCAGGGUCGGCGCGGGUAUUUGAGGCUCUGGACAGCGACCCGGCCUUGGUGAGGACUAUAGACGCCCACAGCCCGGUCAGCAGACUACUUCAUCUUAAAGUGGGAGCUCAGGUCAUGUUGACAAAGAACCUAGAUGUCACUCGAGGUCUAGUGAACGGAGCCCGAGGGGUUGUGGUGGCGUUUGAGCCUGGAAAACACGGUCUCCCACGCGUGCGCUUCCUGUCCGCCGUCACGGAAGUGUUGAAGCUUGAACGCUGGGCGUUUAAAUCGGGGGGCGGGGCCCACCUGAGUCGACAGCAGCUGCCACUAAAACUGGCCUGGGCCAUUUCUAUCCACAAGAGUCAGGGUCAUGGAUGAGCUGGAGCCUAUCCCUGGAGACUUUUGACAAGAGGCGGUGCACACCCUGGACCGGUUGCCAACCAUGCACAUUAGCAUUCACCAACUGCCAAUUUGGAGUCUUCAUUGAACAUCAUACAUUAUGCAUGUUUUUGGAAUGAAGCCCGGAGAGGAGAACUUGAGUCGAGAUUUGAACCCGGAACCUCUCGUCUGUGAGGCAGACAUGCGAACCACUACUUUACUUUGCUGCCUAAAUAAAUAGUUAUCUAAAUAGGAUUUAAAAUGUCGGGAAAUACUGAGGGGAAGUGUUUUUACAAUUGCUUAAAACAUUAUGCUAUGUAACAAGGUGGCAUUUUGGGCGAGCGGUUAGCACAACCACCUCACAGUUAUGAGGCUGGUGGUUCAAAUUCUCCCUGUGCUCAGGUGGGUUUUCAGUCUUCCCUCAUUUAAAAAAAUAUGCAUGUUAGGUUUACUCGCGACUCUUCCUUGUCCUUAUGUGUGAAUGUGAGCUGUCUCUCAUGCAAAAGUAAGAUGGGAUAGACUCCAGCACACCUUAAGGAGGGUGAUGCUAUAAAAAAUGGAUGAAUGCUGUAUAACAAAUAACCUUUUUACAAAUUUUGGUUUCCCUUUUUUCCCCUCCUAAACCAGUGAUAGUUGCUGUUUAUUGUUCUGCCUGUCACUGUAUGUUGCUGGCAAAGAUAUAUUAGCAUCCUGUCAAUCUGCAUUUCCCAAUCCCAGCUCUCUGCCCUUCAUAUAUUUGGUAUAUUUAGGCCCUAGAGUAGAUACUGUAGUAGUUGUUGAGACCUCGCCGUUUUAUGUUAGCUGCUUGCUGCACAAACUUGUAAUCGUUAGUGCUGUCUAAGCCACUUGUUAUUCUUCUUAAAGUGGGCCAUAAAUAUGGUACUGGUGUUAAUUUCAGGCCUUUCUAAAUGGGGAAAUAUUUCCAUUAAUCUGUGUUAUGUGGCACGUUUAGCCUUUUACCCACCACGAGUGAGCUAUCACAAAUCACACUGCUGUCUUGAUGGUAUUUUCCAAUAUCCUGACCUCAGAAUGUAGUACAAUAGGAGAUGGCCCUGUAGGGAAUUGAGUUCAUUUGUCACAACCUCCGUGUCAGCAAUGUUUGAUCUACCCCAGAGAAAGCAAUGUAAAGCACACACGCAUCCCUUAAGAGGAAAUGAGAUUACUGAGGAGUGGUGAUCAAAAGAAGACAAGUUGACGGGGGAGAGUGCACCACACCAUCUACAAACUGCAUUAACAAUCCACUUAGUGAGAGUUUCUUCAUUUAUUACAGGGAAUGACACUAGACUGUGUGGAAAUCUCUCUGGCGCGGGUGUUUGAGAGUGGCCAGGCUUACGUGGCCUUGUCUCGGGC